AUGCAAUACAAAAAGACCAUAGUUGCAUCUGCUUUAGCUGCGACCACYCUGGCUGCCUACGCUCCGAAGGACCCAUGGUCCACUUUGACUCCAUCUGCUACCUUCAAGGGUGGAAUAACUGACUACGCUUCUACUUUCGGUAUUGCCAUCGAACCAGCCGCCACCACAGCUUCUUCUAAGGCCAAGAGAGCUGCUUCUCAGAUCGGUGACGGUCAAGUGCAGGCCGCCACCACCACCGCCGCUGUUUCUAAGAAGUCUACCGCCGCUGCUGUCUCCCAAAUCACCGACGGCCAAGUUCAAGCUGCUAAAUCUACCGCCGCUGCCAUCUCCCAAAUAGGUGAUGGCCAAGUUCAGGCUGCCAAGUCUACCGUUGCUGCUGUCUCCCAAAUUACCGACGGCCAAGUUCAAGCUGCUAAGUCUACCGCCGCUGCCGUCUCUCAAAUAGGUGAUGGCCAAGUUCAGGCUGCUAAAUCUACCGCCGCUGCCGUCUCUCAAAUAGGUGAUGGCCAAGUUCAAGCUGCUAAGUCUACCGUYGCUGCUGUCUCCCAAAUUACCGAYGGCCAAGUUCAAGCUGCUAAAUCUACCGCCGCUGCCGUCUCCCAAAUAGGUGAUGGCCAAGUUCAGGCUGCUAAAUCUACCGCCGCUGCCGUCUCUCAAAUAGGUGAUGGCCAAGUUCAGGCUGCUAAGUCUACCGCCGCUGCCGUCUCUCAAAUAGGUGAUGGCCAAGUUCAAGCCACUACCUCUACUAAAGGUGCUGCUUCUCAGAUCACAGAUGGUCAAGUACAGGCUUCGAAAACUACCAACGGCGCUAGUCAAGUGAGUGAUGGUCAAGUUCAGGCCACUGCCGAAGCCAAGAGCGCCAACGAUCCAGUCGAUGUCGUCUCUUGCAAUAAUAAUAGUACACUAUCAAUGAGUUUGAAGAAGGGUAUCCUAACUGAUGUUAAGGGCAGAAUCGGUUCUAUUGUUGCCAACAGACAAUUCCAGUUUGAUGGUCCACCACCACAAGCCGGUGCUCUUUACGCUGCUGGUUGGUCCAUCACUCCAGAUGGUAAUUUGGCUUUAGGUGACCAAGACACUUUCUACCAGUGUUUGUCGGGUGACUUUUACAACCUGUACGAUAAACACAUUGGUUCCCAGUGUCAUGAAGUUUACUUGCAAGCUAUUGAUUUGAUCGAUUGUUAA